AUGCUGGACCUUUCCGAGGAGCCCCUCGAGGAGAAUAUUGAGAUUUGCGUGAAGUACAUGGAGAGGAUGGCCAAGAUUAACUGCGGACUCGAGAUGGAGUUGGGGAUCACAGGUGGCGAGGAGGACGGCGUGAACAACGAGGAUGCCAACCCAGAGGAUCUCUACUCCAAGCCCGAGGAGAUUUGGCAGGUGUAUGAGGCUUUGGCGAAGAUUCCGAAUGGCUUCUUUACCAUCGCGGCCGCCUUCGGCAACGUCCACGGUGUGUACCAGCCCGGCAACGUGGUGCUCAAGCCGAAGAUUUUGGAUGCUGCGCAGAAGUACAUCGCCGAGAAGAUCGGAGCCGAGGAGGGAACCAAGCCCGUCAGCUUCGUCUUCCACGGUGGCUCUGGUUCAGACCUUACGGACAUCCGCGAGGCCGUGGACUAUGGCGUGAUCAAGAUGAACAUCGACACUGACACGCAGUGGGCCUACUGGAGGGGCAUCAAGGACUUCGAGGCAAAGUAUCACGACUACCUCCAGGGCCAGAUUGGCAACCCGGAUGGCUCUGAGAAGCCCAACAAGAAGUACUACGACCCCAGGGCCUGCAUGAGGUCGGCAGAGGACCAGGGACCAAGGAAUCUCCUCGUUUCAUGUGGCGUUUCGGGGUUGGGUUCAGCAAGUAAAGGCCAGGCCUUGAGACUUCCCGGUCCCGGCCUGCAGGUCAAGGAUUUUGGGCCUUUAGGGCCUUUAGGGUUUAGGCCUGGUGUUUCAGCGCUUCGGGCUUAG